UCAAACUAAAUUAAUAAAUACAUCCACCAUCUCCUUCCUCGACCAAUCUCAUUACACUCGCCAACACACACGAUACAGUGGUGGUUGAGAGCAAAUCGCAAGCUUAGAGAAGGUGAUUCGUGCCAAACAGAGUAAAGUCAUGGCUGAGAAUACGGAGACUGAAAGCACGAGUACUCACGAAUUGAAGCACUUAGGGUUGUUUCGGAUGGCUGCGAUUCAAGCCCUGAUUUGCGUUUCGAAUCUCUACGAGUACGCGAAACAGAACUCGGGGCCCUUGAAAUCUACGAUUGGGACCGUGGAAGGUGCUGUUACCACCGUUUUAAGUCCCGUUUACGAGAGAUUCAAAGGCGUUCCUGAUGAUCUCCUCGUUUUCGUUGACAAUAAGGUGGAUGAAGCUACGCACAAGUUAGAGGAGCAUGCUCCGCCGUUGGCAAAGCAGGCAGUUAAGACAACUCGGAAUCUGAUUCAAGAGGCAUCAGAAAAGACUCAAAAGAUUGUAGGGGAGGCUCGGAGAGAUGGAUCUAAGGCGGCCCUGCACAUGGCUACGGCAGAGUGUAAACAAUUCCUCUUGACGAAUUCAGUUAAGGCGUGGGUGAAACUCAACAAUUUCACGCCCGUUCACACGGUGGCCGACGUGGCGGUUCCCACGGCGGCGCACUGGUCAGAAAAAUACAAUGAUGUGGUGAAGAACAUGAGCCAGAAGGGUUAUCCCUUGGUUGGGUAUCUGCCUUUGGUCCCUGUUGAUGAGAUUGCCAAGGCUUUUAAGCAGGGUGAAGCUGGGAAGAAAGCAGAUGAAAAUGAAAAUACUAGCAGCAGCUCAGACUCUGAUUCAGAUUAAACAGAUCCGUGUUAGCCUGCAGGUUUGAUUUUCCAUAGUCGCAAAAGGGUAAUUAGAUAGCCCCGUUGGUAUUAUGUAAAUUAUGUAGUGGACAUGAUUCCAUUCAAUACGCAUGCAUGCUUAUGUGUUUUUCUUUCUUAGUCGGUUUUUUUUUAAAAAAAAAAAAAAAAAAAAACGAGAACAGCUUUCUGAACAUAUUGAAUUGGAGUUUUCAAUUCUCGUUUGAAGUGUAAUAAAAUGGGUUCAUGUACAGUCAGUGUAUCAGCUAUAUGCUCUGUCUUGUAAAGAAUUAAAGUCGAAAAAUCUCACGAACUUUAAAGAAACAACGAGAUUUGAAGGUCCAAGGUAUUUCAUGUUUGAUUAUAUUAAAA